GGAAAUGGAGGUCCUUGGUCCGAGUCUUCAUCUCAUCCUUUAUUUAUAUGAAGCCAUCCUCCGUCUAUUCAUUCGCUGUCAGGACAGGAAGUGGGCUUCGACCAAGUACAGAGAGAGAUAGCAAUCGGAAACACAGCUCCAAUGGCCGCCACUAAGAUCUAUAUUGUUUACUACUCAACCUUCGGACAUGUUGCUCGGCUGGCACAAGAAAUACAGAAGGGAGCUUCAUCUGUUGCCGGUGUGGAUGCAAAGCUAUGGCAGGUUCCAGAGACAAUGCCUGCUGAAGAUCUGGCACAGCUGAGAGCUCCACCGAAGAGUACUGAAGUGCCGAUCAUCAAACCACAUCAGCUCGCUGAAGCUGACGGGCUUCUCUUUGGCUUCCCCACCAGAUUCGGGAUGAUGGCUUCCCAGUUCAAAGCAUUCUUGGAUGGAACUGGUGGCCUGUGGAGGGAACAGAAGCUGGCUGGGAAACCUGCUGGGCUCUUCUACAGUACCGGUGCUCAGGGAGGCGGUCAAGAGACUACUGCCUUGACAGCGAUCACGCAGCUCGUUCACCAUGGAAUGAUCUACGUGCCGGUUGGCUACACAAUGGGAGCCGGCAUGUUUGAGAUGAAUCAGGUGAAGGGUGGCAGUGGCUAUGGCGCCGGAACUUAUGCCGGCCAUGGCGAAAGGUGGCCGACCGAGCUUGAACUCCAGCUGGCUUACCACCAAGGAAAGUACCAUGCCGAAAUUACCAAGAAACUCAAGGGAGCUGCUUAAUAAAUUAAGAUUCUUCAGGCUUGAUUUUGCCCCACAGUUCCAUCUCCUUUGAAAGCACUACUACGCUAAUAGUAUAAAUUCAAGUCUAGAAGGACGAAUCAUAUAAGACAUUUAGAAUAAGUACCAUGGUCCCCCCAUUGUACCCUUGUUUCUCAACCCAAUGGAGCUUUUCCUGAGUUUGCUUGAUUUUCUGCUUCA